GAAACGUUCUAUUUGUGCUCACUCAAAGGCGUGUUGAUGGGGGGAAGGUCGAUACUCUAAGUGCAUGGCUGCUCUCCGAGUCGUUGGUUCUGUUUACGCACAGCGUCAAUAACUUUCGCCUGGCGUCUGAAAUGGUCAACAAAGCCACUUAUCGCACAAGCCUAAGCAGCUACGUACAGAACACCUUUAAAAAGAUCUUCAAGGAAGCCAAGGCCAUGGAGUCGUCCACUCAAGGCAGGCUGGACCUCCUACGCAGCGUCACUGGGGUACCCACAAAAAAGGAGAUCAAAAAACUAUUGAAAACUAGUGGAGUUGGUGGCCGCAUUUCGGGUGAACCGAAACUACCCGCUGAACCUACUAAGGUGCCACCAAAUCUGCUGCAGAUCCGUUCAAUCAACAUUAAUGGUCAGGACAUCAAAUUGGCCGACUACGGAGAAGUUAUCAUUGCUAACAUCUCAAGCGCUGAGAGCUUCGAGGAUCUAAUCACCAGUAUGGCCGAGCACUGGAAGCCAAACAUGUACAAGCUGAUGCUCCGAAUGACGCAGACCUUUGUGGAAAGCACCAAAAAGGAGUUUUGGCUGAAGUACCACCUACCCACGGAAUCGGUGCUCUAUCAGAUCAUUCGACAAACACUGAAACUCCAUGCGAGCUUGGACCACAAAGAAGUCUCGGAGGCAUUGCCCGAUAUUCUGAGAAGCGUGCGCUGCUAUUUCGCCUCCCGCACUCCCCUUUGUCCAGCAGAGUUUCUGAAGAAGUGCCCCAAGUGCGUGGGUUACUACAAUGAGGGUACGCGGCAGGUGAAUGAAUCUGAUGUUACAGAUAUGUAUGUUUACCAUGCGAAGCAAUUUAAUAGGUUUAUUUAUCUUACGGCACGAACACUUUUGGGUGUUUUUUUUUUUUAUUAGCUAUCCUGUAUGUAA